UUAAAAAAGGCACUGAGGUAAUCCAGGCGUGUAAGAUGCUCUCAGUGUCUUUAAAAGGUCGAUGAUAAAACCUUUAUAAAAGAUAUACGAUGCGCGGCUCCAAACUUAAAGUAGCUCUAUGCUCCAUGAAAUCCAGCUUCCACUUUCUUUCUGUUUACCUUUUUAUGAUUGUCAGACUGUUUUCUGCAGCGAAGCAGAGGGAGUUUCAUAUUAUAACCCUGUCAUUAUAGGACCAUUAAAUGUACCUUGAAGCCUUGAAACGGGCCUGAUAUGAUCCACUUGGGAACCGGCAGGAUUUGUUUUUGUGCCGGGACCCAAAGACCAGGAUCUGAGUUCAGCUGGAGGAAAUCUUUCCCUUAAGCUGAACUUAACAGAACAAAAUGAAGACACAGAACCUCCUUUGUCCACACGUUGAAACCAGGAUGUACCAGGACUGAGCACAGGGCGGCCUCAGUGCUGGGACGCUUGUAAUAAAAGAUAACGUGGAAAUGAAUCUACAGUUUUAUGGGAGGGAGGAAUCCAGACCAGGUUGGUUUAUCAGCAGAAUCACAUGAGCAGUAAAUCAGUCGGCAGAUAAAAACACAGACUGCAGUAAAACUCUGUUGGAAUUACUUUGAGAGGGCUGGAAGACAAAGUAAUGGGAUAAAACCGGUUAAAACGGUCUUGUUGCGGGUGAGGGAUGUCACGGUAAGAGGUAUUGUGGGUAAUAGAGGCUCUAAUUGACUCCACUUUAACAGUAACAUAAGCAAAUAACAGUUCACAGUCCCUUUCAGACGGGGCACAGGGAGGAGGAUCCUCCGCCUUAAAUAAAGAAGUCUUUAAUUAUAACCAGAUAAUAAACCCUGUCAUGUACUGUACAUGUUUUUUCCCAUCUUUGCUUCCCUGCAUUCUCUUUUCCAGCUGUGAAUAUUUAGUCAUUUAUCUGCUUCCUCACUCCUUCCUCAUCUGCAGGUGGAGGAGGAGCCACAACUAUUUUACUCUUAAUAAUCUUAAUUUUAAGAUAAAGCGCAGUCACGCUGUGAGCAUACUGUAGAUUAUUUUCUUGAUUAAUCGAUGAGUCGUUAGGCCCAAUGUGACGUCCACAGAUGACUUCUUGUAUCCUCAACCCGGAGAUGAUCAGUUUACUGUCACAGAGGAGGAAAGAAACCAGAAAAUAUUCAUGUUUACGAAGCCGGAAUCACAUAAUUUGGACGUUUUUUCUUUAAAAAAGGGCAAAACUGUUGGUCAGUAAUUUUGAAGUUGACAUCUAAUCGAUUAGUCAACGUAUUGCAGCUCCAGUGGACUGCUGAAUUUAAAAACAGCGCUGGUGUCUUUACUGGAAACGACCACUAGGAGUCGCUAAAACACAGAACUGUUGAGAUCCUCCACAGAGGAGCUAAGUUUGGACAUUUUGUGAAUUAACUCGUCAGUUUGAGGAAAACCAGUUCAGGUGUAUCCGACUGCAGUUCUGUGUCGGGCUCUGAUUGGUUCAUCACGGCUGCUUCUUCACCGCUCAGACCUGACCCCGGCGUGACGCCAGCCUCGAACAGCACUGAGUGGAUUAGUGCUGAUGCACCAGAGUUUGAUUGUGUUUUGACACACUUUAAAGACGACUCUGACAAAUCCUACCGUCAUGAUCUGGACUCUGGAUUAAUGGCUGCGUUUAGGUCGGCUGUAAUGUGAUCAAUAAGAUCUCCGUGCAGGUCGGCUGAUCAAGAUCUAACUUUACUUUCCUUAAGAAGGAUUUUCUGAUCUGAGUCUGAACAUAAACAUCUUUUUGCAUCACUUUGAUGCUUUCUUGUAACUUGAGUAUUUCUACACUGUGGUAUUAGUACUUUAACUUCAGAUCUGAGUACAUUACAUUUACAUGUAUUCAUUUAGCUGAAGCUUUUAUUCUCAGUUGCUCUACAUGUCAGAGGUCGCAUGCCUCUGGAGCAACGAGGGGUUAAGUGUCUUGCUCAGGGACACCUUGGUGUCUCAGUGGAUUCUAACCCGGGUCUCUCACACCAAAAGCUUGCGUCUUAUCCAGGUUGACAGGUUUUAAAGACAUUCUCAGAAAUGUUCUGCACAUUCACAAACUUAAAUUUCUCAUGUUGUUUCUACAAAAGCUGGAGAACAACAACAACAACCAAUAAACACCUUUCAAACAUCAUUUCUCAAACUACACACAAAGGUUAAAGGUGCUCCGUGUAAACCUGCAGAUCCUCCGACCGCUCUGUUGUCCUUUUGACCCUGACCGUUCAUCCAAACGCAGUAAAGCGGAAACAACAACGGGACCGGGUCCAGCAGCAGGGCCAGAUGCCACAACAAAGGCGUGUGAGACGUUGUCCCACCUCUUUAAGCCUCUUAGUGCCUGUAAGUCUGCCUGCCUGCCUGCAGCCGGCCUGCAGGGCUGCCGUUGGCCCUGAUCACACCGUGAUGAUUUAAUCCCUCAGUGGAAAAGGUUAGCUCUCCUUCUCUCAGGCUUGUCACCCUGCCAGCCGCAAAUGCACAGAGAGGAAGACCAGAAGAAGAUCUGGAGGGCGAUGGAGGAGCUUCUGUUACCGAGCGGCGAGGAGGAGACCCUCUCCGAGAACAGUUCGCAUGUUCCCGGGGACGCGGGGAGGACGGUGGAGGACCAAAUGAAGAAUUUUGUCAAGGCGACGGUGAAGGAGGACCUGAGUAAGAACGUGAGGGAUUUCUUUAAGAGGAACGGGCUGCUGACGCUGUCGGUCAUCGCCGUGGCCACGGGCUGCAUGCUGGGCUUCAUGCUGAGAGGAACUCACCUGUCCACACAGGCAAAGAUCUACUUCUCUUUUCCCGGAGAGCUGCUGAUGAGGAUGCUGAAGAUGCUCAUUCUUCCCCUCAUCACGUCCAGUUUGAUGUCGGGUCUGUCGUCGAUGGAGUCGAAGGCGUGCUGUCGUAUCGGCGUCCUGACCGUCACCUACUACCUGUGGACCACCUUCAUCGCCGUGGUCGUCGGCAUCGUGCUCGUCCUCAUCAUCAAACCCGGCGUGGGGACGGAGAUGGAGAGUCACCGGCUGGGAGCGGGGCCCGUCAUGACCUCGGCCGACGCCCUGCUCGACCUCAUCAGGAACAUGGUUCCCUCUAAUAUAAUCGAGGCCACGUUUCAGCAGUACAAAACGGACCUGGUUCCCAUCCUCAAAGUCCCGACCAGAACCAUCCAGCCAAACUUCGUGUACGUGGUCCCCCACGAGAGCGGCCCCGAAGGUCGCACGGUGUACCUGGAGCUGACGCCGCCCCCGGAGAUCAUGUACAAGACGAGUCCCGGCAGCAGCCAGCAGAUGAACGUCCUCGGCAUCGUCAUCUUCUCCGCCACCAUGGGCCUGUUGCUGGGCAGAAUGGGAGAGCGAGGAGCUCCACUGGUCAACGUCUGUCAGUGUAUCAACGAGUGCGUAAUGAAGAUCAUCAACGCUGCCGUCUGGUACUUUCCGUUUGGGAUCAUCUUUCUGGUGGCGGGGAAGAUCCUGGACAUGCAGGACCCGAGCACGCUGGGGAGGAAGCUGGGCUGGUACGGCAUCACGGUGCUCGCCGGGCUCUUCGUCCACGGACUCAUCCUCCUCCCUUUCUUCUACUUCAUCCUAACCAGGAAGAACCCCUUCUCCUACAUCCGCGGGCUGCUGCAGGCCAUGGUGAUCGCCCUGGCCACCUCCUCCAGCUCUGCCACUCUGCCCAUCACCAUGAAGUGUUUGUUGGAAAACUGCCACGUCGACCGGCAGAUCGCGCGGUUCGUCCUCCCUGUGGGCGCCACCAUCAACAUGGACGGCACAGCGCUGUACGAGGCCGUGGCGGCCAUCUUUAUCGCUCAGGUUAAUGACUACGAGCUGGACUUCGGCCAGUUGGUCACCAUCAGCAUCACAGCCACAGCCGCUAGCAUCGGUGCAGCGGGGAUUCCUCAGGCCGGUCUGGUUACCAUGGUGAUCGUACUGACAUCCGUGGGCCUGCCGCCAGAUGACAUCACACUCAUCGUGGCCAUCGACUGGAUCCUCGACAGGUUUCGGACCAUGAUCAACGUUCUGGGCGACGCUCUGGCGGCGGGAAUCAUCGGCCACCUCUGUCGGAAAGAUUUCCCCCUCAGUGAAGCAGGAAAAAAUGUACCGUCUUACGGCACUCAGACUCCUCACAACAACUCCCACAGCGUAGACGUGCCAAUGACGGAGAUCCACACGCACAAAGACUGCAUGUUCGACUCACCGGGCGAGAAGCACGCGCACACCGUCUACUACAACAUCUGCCAGGUGUGA